AUGGCUAUUGGCUUACCAGGGACUCUUGCUAAGCAAAUCCUGCAACGGUCAGGAUCUGGCUCAAGCAAAGCAAGUUCAAGGUUUCUAGACGUGCCAAAAGGUUUCCUAGCAGUGUAUGUCGGGGAGACCCGGAAGAAGCGAUUUGUUGUUCCAGUGUCCUACUUAAGUCAGCCUUCAUUCCAAGAUUUAUUGAGCAUGGCUGAAGAAGAGUUUGGCUUUGAUCAUCCAAUGGGUGGCUUGACACUUCCCUGCAGUGAAGACAGAUUUACCCAUGUCACCUCUUGCUUCAGCAGAUCAUAA